AUGGGGAGCCCCCGGGCCGCGCGGCUCCUGCCGCUCCUGCGCCCCGCCAAGCUGCUGCGGAGGCGCUUCCGGCUGCUGCUGGCGCUCGCCCUGGUGUCCCUGGGGCUCUGGACGCUGUAUCUGGAACUGGUGGCGUCGGCCCAGGGCGGCGGGAACCCCCUGAACCGCAGGUACGGCAGCUGGAGAGAGCUGGCCCAGGCUCUGGCCAGCAGGAAUAUUCCAGCUGUGGAUCCGAACCUCCAGUUCUACCAUCCCCAGAGGCUGAGCCUUGAGGACCAAGCAGUCGGCCAAGGUGGAAGCAGUAACAGCAGCUACUUGAAGCGGAACAAGCCUGUACCCUGGCUCUCGGAGUUCCGCGGCCGGGCCAACCUGCACGUGUUCGAAGACUGGUGUGGCAGCUCCAUCCAGCAGCUCAGGAGGAACCUGCACUUCCCACUGUACCCCCACGUCCGCACUACCCUGAGGAAGCUGGCCGUGUCCCCCAAAUGGACCAACUAUGGCCUCCGCAUCUUUGGUUAUCUGCACCCUUUCACCGAUGGGACGAUCCAGUUUGCCAUCGCUGCAGAUGACAAUGCCGAGUUCUGGCUGAGCCGCGAUGACCAGGUCUCCGGCCUCCAGCUGCUGGCCAGCGUGGGCAAGACUGGAAAGGAGUGGACGGCCCCUGGAGAGUUUGGCAAAUUUCGGAGUCAGAUUUCCAGGCCGGUGAGCCUGUCAGCCUCCCGCAGGUACUACUUUGAGGUGCUGCACAAGCAGGACGAGGAGGGCACGGACCACGUGGAGGUCGCGUGGCGACGGAGUGACCCUGGAGCCAAGUUCAACAUCAUUGACUCCUCCUCACUGUCCCUCUUCACCAAUGAGAGCGGCCUGAGCAUGGACGAGGUGGGCCACAUCCCCCAGACGGCGGCCAGCCACGUGGGCUCUCCGGAGUCUCCCGCCAGGGACGGGCAGCCGCCCGCCGACAUGCUUCGGCCAGACCCGCGGGACACUCUCUAUCGAGUGCCUCUGAUCCCCAAGUCUCGUCUCCGCCACGUCCUGCCUGACUGUCCCUACAAACCCAGCUACCUGGUGGAGGGGCUCCCUCUGCAGCGCUACCAGGGACUCCGGUUUGUUCACCUGUCCUUUGUCUACCCCAAUGACUAUACCCGCCUGAGCCACAUGGAGACCCACAAUAAAUGCUUCUACCAGGAAAAUGCCUACUACCAGGACAGGUUCAGCUUCCGGGAGUUCAUCAAGAUUGACCAGCCUGAGCAGCAGGGGCCAGAGCAGCCAGGUUUUGAGGAGGGCCUUCUAGAAGAGUCCCAGUAUGGAGAAGUGGCAGAGGAGACCCCCGCCUCCAACGGCCAGAAUGCCAGGGUGCUGGAGGGAAAACAAAUGCCCACCUCUGCCCCCGGGCAGGACGUCACUGACUACCACCUCCGGAGCCUGCGGAAACUGCUGGCCCAGCCCCCGGGGGGCCUGCCGGCACCCUUUUCCAAGCGGAACUCCACGGCUCUCGCCCCAGUGGGGACCAGCGAUGUCCCAGUCCGGCAUCCGGAGAAGAGGGAGAGGAAAGCCAGCCCUGAGCCCAGCCAAGAUUCGCCUCAUUCUGACAAGUGGCCUCCUAGGCGCCCGGCAGGGAACCCGCCUCAAAUGAAGAGGCCCAGGCCCGCCAGCGAGGGCCACGAGGAGACUCUCGAGCAGUCGCAGUGGCUGAACCAAGUGGAGUCAUACAUUGCGGAGCAGAGAAGGGGUGACAGGAUGGAGCCUCAGGCCCCCUGGAAGGGGUGGCAGGGGGAGGAGGAAGUGGUGGCAGCUGCAGGCCAGGAAGGACAAGAGGAGGGAGAGGAAGAGGGGGAAGAAGAGGAAGAAGAAGAGGACAUGAGUGAGGUAUUCGAGUACGUACCUGUGUUUGACCCAGUGGUAAACUGGGACCAGACCUUCAGCGCCUGGAAUCUCGACUUCCAAUCCCUGAGGACUGACUGGAUUGACCUGAACUGUAACACAUCAGGCAACCUGCUGCUUCCAGAGCAGGAGGCCCUGGAGGUCACGAGGGUCUUCUUGAAGAAGCUCAACCAGCGGAGCCGGGGGAGGUACCAACUACAGCGCAUUGUGAAUGUGGAGAAGCGUCAGGACCAGCUACGUGGGGGUCGCUACCUGUUGGAGCUUGAACUGCUAGAACAAGGCCAGCGCCUGGUACGGCUCUCUGAGUAUGUGUCCACACGAGACUGGCAGGGCAUCAAUCCAGCUGGCAGGGAGGAGGCUGAGGCCCGGAACCUGCAAGGCCUGGUCUGGGGCCCACACAGCCGUCGGAGACGUAUCCUGAAUGUCCAGACCUCAGAGCCCAAGCUGUGCUGGCCCCAGGGUUUCUCAUGGAAUCACCGAGCCGUAGUACACUUCAUUGUGCCUGUGAAGAACCAGGCGCGCUGGGUGCAGCAGCUCAUCAGAGACAUGGAAAACCUGUUCCAGGUCACCGGCGACCCGCACUUCAACAUCAUUGUCAUUGACUACAGCAGUGAGGACAUGGAUGUGGAGAUGGCACUGAAGAGGUCCAGGCUGAGGAGCUACCAGUACACGAAGCUAAACGGAAACUUUGAACGCUCGGCUGGACUUCAGGCUGGCAUAGACCUGGUGAAGGACCCGCACAGUAUCAUCUUUCUCUGUGACCUCCACAUCCACUUCCCAGCGGGAGUCGUUGACGCCAUCCGGAAGCACUGUGUGGAGGGCAAAAUGGCCUUCGCCCCCAUGGUGAUGCGGCUGCAUUGUGGGGCCACCCCCCAGUGGCCUGAGGGCUACUGGGAGGUGAAUGGGUUUGGGCUGCUCGGCAUCUACAAGUCAGACCUGGACAAGAUCGGGGGCAUGAACACCAAGGAGUUCCGAGACCGCUGGGGCGGGGAAGACUGGGAGCUGCUGGACAGGGUCCUCCAAGCAGGCCUGGAAGUGGAGCGCCUCUCCCUCAGGAAUUUCUUCCAUCACUUCCAUUCCAAGCGAGGCAUGUGGAACCGCCGCCAAAUGAAGAUGCUGUAACCCCUAGGGUGGCCCGUGGACCGCCCACCUCCUGCCCCCUGGUGGCAGUGCCCCUGCUUGCUGCUGGGGAGGGAGGGGAGCAGGGCGACGGCCGGGCCCUCUGGGGCCUCAGGGCCAACACCCCGUGCCCUGGGCGGGCUCCUGUCCCCCCCUGGGCCUCUGGAAGGGAGGGCCUUGGGGGAGAAGGCACGGGGCUCAGCCGACACGUGGAGCAGCUCCCGAGGAGAGGCCCGCUCCAGCAGUGCCACGGGGCUGCGUGCCAGCGUCCCCCGGCUCUCGAGGAGUGCUGAUCGUGAACUGGACACUCUUCCAUCGGACAUAUUUUAUUGGGAGGGUUUUUUUUUUUUUUUAACUGAAAACGAAAACUGCUGUGCAGACGCAGCAUUAGCUGCGAGGGGUGAGGUUGUGCACUGAGGACCUGUCUCCACUGGCAGGCCUCAGGCCCCUCCCGUGCAGAGCUGCAUCCCUCGGGCCACGUCCCCUCCUGAGGGCCGGUGCCACGUGGAGCAGGCUCAUGCCUUCCAGAGACAUGCACAUCUCUCCUGGUCGCCACCCAACGGCUGGCCACCGAUAGGGCAUUACCCUCCCCCCGCAGACAGUGCUCCCUUCAGCCCAGAGACAGGACUGGCACCGUGUCCCUGGUGCGAGAGGAAGGUCGGGAGACGGGGAGCUGGCGGGGGUUGGCUCGCCAUUCCCAGCGUUGGGCACGGAGGCCGUGCCCUUUUCCAGCCAGCUCGCCUGUGGGGCGGGCCUUGGAGAGGACGGAAAGGAGGGGAGAGAGGACGGACACACGUGUCAGCUUCCCUCAGCUGAGGAGCAGGGCAGGGGCCUGAGCAGAGAGGGGUGGAAAGGGAGGUGGAAGACGUGUGUCCCCCCAGUCCAGCUCCCCUGCAGACUCACCCCUGUGCAAGGAGAGCCCUGGGCACCCUGCCUGGAGCGGAAGAGGAGGAGGGUGUCCGUGAACCCUGGACUGGGGGCCAGGGGCAGGGGGCAGUUUGGGGAGGUGAGGACAUCACCCCGGGAUGGCAUCCACAGGUGGCAGGGAGCAGGGGCAGGAGGGACUGAGAGGCGAAACAGUUUCAGGGAAAACAGCCCUCGGCCUUCUUAGCCUCCAGCCACCCUUCCUGUCACCUGGUGCUCACGUACUUCUCUUGCACUAACAACCCCCGGUGCUUUCAUGGCCGGGGACAUUUCUACUGCUGCUGCUGCCUCCGCUGCUGCUGUGAAUUCAGUGGUGCGUUGGACAUCUGGGUCUUGGACAUUGAACAUCCAGAUUCUGUUCCGGGCAUGACACAGGGCUCCUGCUGUGGGGAAGGGCUCGUGGAAGUUGUGCCGGGGACCAGGGGACUGGUCAGCUGAGCCCACACUCCAGACUGCGACAGUCCGAAUCCCAGCAUUUGGAGCCACAGGGUCUACCCCGUGGGCUCUGCACUCACCCAGAGCAUAAGCUUGGCAGACGAGAAGAUGGAGCCCAUGGAGAACCUUCUGGGGAUCCGGGAGAAUCCGUCUCCCUCUACAGAAUCAGGAAGGACGAAGACUUUGCAGUUAAUAGGUCAUGGCUCACGAACGCUGUAUCUGCUCCUGGCUAUAGCUUUUUCUGGUCCCCCCUCAGGCCUCCUGCCCCCUGGCAAGGGCCCGUGGGGAGCAGGCUGGGGCUGCAGUUGGCUAGCCGGGCUGCCAGGCUUCUUGCUGGGGCCGUGGAGGGCUGGGACCGCCUGCACAGCCUUCCUGCUUCACUUCUGACGACUAGGAGCAGGCCCGGCCUUCCCACCCUGCCCAGCACCCCCUCUGUCCCUGGCCAGUGCCUUGUGUUUGAUGUUUGUUACCUCUUCACCAUCUGCCUUAAGGGGAAGGGCCUGGCGCGGCCCCUACUCUGCAGGGAAAUGCUUUGGGCCAGGGGAGGGAGUGUGAUGGGGGGGUAUUAAAUAUGGCAUCUUCUUAGGAAA